AUGCACAGCGGUGAAUGCUCGGCCACAAUAAGCGUACAUACAGACUGCAAAUCAUCGACAGUCGAUUUGACUGAUACUGAAAUUGCGAAUUCAUGUACUACAGGCAGUUUCUUCUGGUCCUAUCCAACUAACAAUCUAACAAUAAUAAUCAAGACACCAUUCACUAAAAAACAAGAAGCAUUCAAAAUCGAUAUCGACAAUCAACAAUUAAUGCAAUACGUCUUACAUGUCUAUCGUGUAUUCGACGAUAAAGAGUUGGAAGUAACAACGACUGCUGAUCGACUCAUUCAAGAUUCGUCAAAUUAUGAGAUUGCUCUCAAGUUUGAAGGUCCACCUAAUUUGAUGUACUAUGGUGUAUUUAUCAAUUAUAAUGUCAUUAAAAACGACAGAAAAUAA